AUGGCCCUUUCAAAAAAACAGACACAGGUACUCGCUUUAGUGACGUUACGUGGCGAUUUUGAUGCAAUUAUCGAGUGUAUGCCACCACUCAUAAUAGACUUCGUAUGCAUCACUAAGCUGGUGAAUUUAACGUGUAAUAUAGAGAAAAUCAAAAUACUUCUUAUACAUAUACAAAGAGAUUGGCGAUCAUGGACUAUCAAAAGUGAAUUCAAAAUUUUGCAUAAAUUUGCGGAGAGUGGAAGAACCAUUACCAUCGCCUAUGCCGGUGGUAUGUAUGCGUUUGGCAGCCUUUUUCCAUUUCUUGCAAUAAUUCCGAAAAUAAUCGGCAAAAACGUAACUUCUGAAUAUUCGACGCGGCCAGUGGGAUUUCCAUAUCAUGUGGAAUACUACGUAGAUCUCGAAAAGUACUACUAUCCUAUAUUGAUUCAUAAUUACUUAGCUACUGCCAUUCGUCUUACUACCCUAGUUGCUACCGAUACCCUCGUGACUAUUCUAGUGCAACAUUGUUGCGCACUGUUUUCAGUUGUGAGAUAUCGAUUAGAGUUUAUACGAAAGUCCAUCGAGCAAGAUAAGGAACUUGCUUUGCUCGAGGAAAAUGAUAAGUUUUACAAAAACUUCACAUAUUGCAUACAAAAACACAGAGACGUUUUACGAUUCGCGAGAGGCUUGGAUGCUAUUUAUACAAAAGCUUUUUUCUUCGAAGUCGGUUUAAUCAUAUUGGCGAUGAGUAUGUCAGCUCUACAGGCAACUAGUAGGACCAUCAACCCACAUCUUGCAAUCCGGCAUGCCUCGUACAUUACUGCUCAAUUACUGCAUUUAUAUAUCGUAUGCUGGUUAGGACAGCAAAUAAUCGAUCAUAGCGAUCGGGUGUAUACAUCGACUUAUCGAGGUGAAUGGUAUGAAUCAUCGCUCAAAUCCAAAAAGCUUUUGAAUAUGAUAAUGCUGAGAAGUACAUCACCUU